CUCAUACCAAUUAUCCUUGUCUGCCUUGUCUUGUUGGUUUAUCAUUUCUCACCUCUCUCUACAUUGUGCACUGUGCACUAAAUUUCCCCGCAUACGAUAAAAAAUCUGGUCAAGGGAAAAUCCGUCAACUCUCAUUUGUUAGAAAGUGAUUAUCGACUGGACUGGAUUGCCAUUUUCGAACCAGUCCGAGUUAAAUAACCUUUUUUAAAAAAAAAAACCCUCGUCGACUCAACUAAAAUCUUAAUAGAAACUACUUCCAACAUCUCCGGCCAAAUGCGCAAAGACAUAUAUUCGUCCUUCUAAUUUUCAAUGUGAUAAUGAACAUACUUGAAUCACAAGUUAAUGAUCUAAAUUAUAUCGCAGAGUCUCCCAUUGCCAUCCCGGUCUUUGAUAACAUGAAUGGUCAACUACAGCAACAGCAACUACAGUCUUCGGAAUCACCCGCGGAUACUGGGGCUCAGAGCGGAAAGAAGAGAAAAAAUGAUUCGGGUGAAGGAGGCGACGCAACGUUGAAUGGAAAUAAGGAAGGCACUCCACAUACAAGGGCAAAGAGAAAUAGAUAUAUAUCUAUCGCUUGUAAUGAAUGCAAACGAAGGAAAAUCAAAUGUAAUGGAAAUACACCAUGUCAGAGAUGCGGAAACCUCAACCUCGAAUGUCAAUAUGCUCCGAAUUGCUGUACCAAUGGCUUCAAGGAAUCGGAGGAGUUUCGUCGAAUGAAUUCACAACUUUCCUUAUUACAAGAACAAGUGGAUAAUCUAUAUUCGACUUUAAAUGCUAUGCGCCACGGUGGCAGUGGAGGUGGUGAUGGUAGCAUAUCCUAUGGCGCAUCAUCAGAAAGAUCAUUGUCAAUAUCACAACAAUCCGCAGUACAAGGACUUUCUCCCUUGAGUUUUCAUCAUAAACCUAUACCCAGGCAUCCCUCAUUUCGGGGACCGACCAGUUCUGCUUUUGGUCUAGACGUGGCUAAAAACACACUUCAUAAUAUGGGUUAUCAAUCAUUGGCAGAUGAAGGCAUCGCUACUCACGAUCCUACUCCGGUACCAUCACCACCUCCACUACGGCCAAGGGCAUUACCAUCCAUCAAUAUGAAUGGUGUUCGAGCUCCCGAUCCAUUGAGAAGUGUAAAUCGAGAAGAAAUGAUUCGACUGUGUAGGGUAUAUGAAGAAGAAAUGGGUCUGAUGUAUCCCGUUGUGGAUAUAGAGGAAUUAAUCGCUCAUGGUUCCAACCUUUUUGAAUUCAUUGAUGCCGCGGUGAGGAAUGGCCUUGCCACAUCCAAUAAUCCUCAAGGCAUCAAUGAUAUCAACUCUUGCAUAUUGAAGACUAUCAUGGCUAUUUCAAUGAUCACAGAGGGAAGUGGGCAAAGUGACUUGGCCUUCAGAUUAUUUGAAAGUGUUAGAGAACCUGCGGAUCGCGCAUUGCAUGAUGAAUUUGUGGAGGUCAAAAGCUUGCCAUUCUUGGUACUUGUGGUGAAAAUAAAUGCAACUUAUAAUGCUACAUUUGGCCAAGUGGGACUAAUGUGGGAUGCCGAGCACAUGUGGUUGGUAUCAUGGACACCUUCAACUUUGUAUGACACAAAAGAGGCAAUAUUUCAUUUCCAUUGUGACGAAGAAGCAUUAGCCUGGCGCAUAAUUGGUCAAGUCGUACGAAUGUCAAUUGAGUUAGGUCUGCAUAGACGUGAUUCUUUUUUCAAGGUUGUGACUGAUGAACGAGAACGGGUCGCUGUUACCAAACUUUUCUGGUCAAUCUAUGUACUUGAUCGAAGAUGGAGUUUUGGUACAGGCAUGCCUUUUGCUAUACAAGAUUCAGAUAUUGAUCCCUCUCUACCAGAACCUGAUAAUUCGGUCCCUUAUCUACACGUUAUGAUAUCAUAUUCAAGAAUAGGUUCUAAAGUUUGGAAAUCAAUCUGCUCUUUCUCCCCAACACCCUCAACGAAUGUAAUCACCGAGGAGUUGAGUUAUCUAGACUACCAGAUCACACAAUGGCAAAAAGCGAUACCACCUCAUUUACAACUUCCAACUGCUGCUGCCCCUCAAGCCUCCUCUCGCGCAAUCCAUCGACUACAAAUACUUCUCUACCUUCGUGCCAAUCAAAUGCGUAUCCUGAUUUAUCGCCCUGUCUUACACUCCGCAUCCUCUAUUCAAGAGCAUAUUCAACAUGCGUCUACCGUUGUCGAAUUCGCAAAAGAUACAAUUCGCGUCCUCACACAUCUCAAUCAAACCACGGACAUUUACCGCGUACAACAAGUUUGCUUCAAUUAUUUCCUCAUUUCAGCAUUGGCUGUCAUUUUUCUAGCAAGUUGUCAUGCUCCAGUUACUUUCAGCUCGAUUUGUCGCGAUGAAUUCUAUAUGGCGCUCGAUUUAGUGAAGGGUUUCUCGAAUAAAUCUUUUGUAUCGAAACGUCUUUGGAAAACAAUCAAAAGUCUAAAACAAGUAGCACCAAAACUUGGGCUAUCCCCCACUUCAAAUAAUCAUCAUAACGGUGCAUUGGGAGCGGAUGAUGCACAUAGUAGUGCGGCACUUGCAAUGGCUGGAUUGGCAGGUCAUGAAAUUACGGGGAUGGGAGGAGGAUACGAUGCAAAUGGACAUGGACAUGGACAAGGAAUAGGUACGGGAUUAGGAAGUAGUCCGAUGACAGGAAAUCAAAUGAGUUAUGAGAUGACUCAUCUAUUUGAGGCGGCGUUGGGAAUGGGAAAUGGGCACAAUGGAUAUGGAGUUGGAAAUGGGAUGGAUGGGACACCGGGCGUGGGAGACGACGUGGGUGGUGUUGGUCCGGCUUUUGGAGAAGGUGAUGAAUUGUUUAGGCAGAUGAGGGAUUUGUUUUAGGGGUGAUCAAGCUCACAGUGGUGUUUGUAUUAUAAGGAGCCUGUAUUACUGUGUAUAUUUGAAGCGACAAAAUAUUGCGGAGGUUGUUGAUCUUAAAUGGUUUGAACAUAGGGCUGGAAAACCGCAGCCCCGCUGAUAGUUUACAUAUCAUCUUUACGCCAUUAAUCAAGCACAAUAUUCUAU